AUGUCCGUACGGAUAGGGUUAUUAGGUGACGCUGCGGGCGAUUCAUUUUCGUCGCCGGUGGCGGAGCAGUCGGUGGUGGGUCGCGGCGGUCUGGCCGGCAAGGGAGCAGCGGAGGCGCGCCCCUCGUGGCUCGGGGGAUGCCGAGGUAAGUUAUGGGCUCUGGCGGAGCUCGGCGAUGGCGAUUUGGACGAGAGGGGGCUGGGGGCCUCGGAGACGAGGUCAGCGGAUGAGGACGCGGCGCAGGUCCAGGAGGAGGACUCGUCGCUGCCUGAGGCGCCCACGCUCGGAGGCUUCAUCUGCCGGGCGGAGGAGCUGGGAGGCUCUCUCCGGCGGCGGCGCACGGCCUUUGCCCCGGGUGGCAAAGGUUCCGGAUUCGGGGGGGGGAAGGGUCCUGCCCGAUUCCGGAGGCUGGGUGAUGGCGCCGGCGUGGCUGCGGGUGGCGCGGCGGGGCGGGCUGCUCGCGCAGGCAGUGCGCCGCCGGAGACGGGCGUCUCCACGGCGGGGGAGCCGCGGGCGGCAGAGCUGCCCGGAUGGGCUCGAAGGAGGUGGGCUGAGCAGGAGGUAAGAAGAUGUUGGGCCUGGGACCAACCGUUCCGGGCCAAGGGUGGCGCUGGACAGCCCAACGCGCAAGAUGGUCCUUAG